UAUCAGAAUAGAUAGGUAGAUUAGAUAUUACAGAUAGUGAGGUGUGUAGUGCUAUUAUAAAUAAUAGCGGUGAGAUCCUCGCCCUGUUUCAUCGCGUUUUCGCCCUCUCGACAUCGACGUCUCGAGAUUAUAAUAUUGUCACGUGCCAUCUCUGUGCAGCAAGAAAAAUAUAUGGUUAGUCACGUGCCAUCUCUAUGCAACAAGAACAAUAUAAUGUUACCCGUUAGUCACGUGUCAUCUCUAUGCAACAAGAACAAUAUAAUGUUACCGAUCAAACCGGUUAAUCUAGUUAGGAAUAUUCUAGUGGAUUUGGUUUUGAAGUGAAUUUAUCAGUUAAUGUAUAACUCUAGAACACGGUGACAGAUCAAUUAAAGUUGUAAAACCUAGCCAUGUUUGGAUGUAAUAUUGCUAAGUGAUUAGGUUAUAUUGCUAUAUACGAUUUCAACAGUUAAUGUAAACUGAUAGAUUGACAUUUCAAUACUGGCAACUGUGUAAGUUACAUUUAUUGCUAAAUAUGAACUAGCAUGUCAUAAUAGUUUGCGUAACGACCUAUAAUGAACAUAUAGACUGAUAUGUAUGGAGUGCGUUCAUCUGAAUUGAUAUAUUCUAGUUUGUAAAACAGAUCAACAAAUUGCUUUGGAUAAGUUUGUACACUUUUAAUAAAUAACUGUGAUAUAUAGCAGUGUAUAUUUAUAAUGUCACACUAUGGUCGGACCAGGUGAUGUGAUAGUUAUAUGGAUUGUUACAUUAUAUAAUAUUACCUGAUUAACAAACAUUACGGAACUAUUGGUCGUGCUGAGGCGUAAUGUCUAACAUUGAUAGUCCAAUUUCAAGGGUAUAUUAACAAAAUGGCUGAAGAAAGAAAUCAAGUUUGCGUUUUUUGUUUAGACGACUUUGUUGACCCCAAAAUACUGGACUGUCAACAUUCGUUCUGUUUGAAAUGUCUAGACGAUUAUAUCACAAGAUCUUCUAAAAACAACCAAUUUCAAUGUCCAGUGUGUCGUCGUACUGUUCAAAUUCCCGCAGGUGGAGUCAACGAUUUUCCCUCACCAAAAGUUUCUCCGACAGAAAUUACAACUCAUAUGUGCCCUGCCCACAACGACAAGCCAGUUGGUUAUUUCUGUCAGGACUGUUUUCAAUCGGUGUGUUAUGUUUGUGCGUCUACCACCCAUAGAGGGCACACAUUCUUACCCUUAGAGGAUACAUCAGAACCCGGACCUGAAGGACUAGACAUUAAUAAGGAUAGGUGUCCUAAACACAAACAUGCUAUAAUGAAUUAUUAUUGCAAAAAAUGCUCGGUACUGGUCUGUGCUGAUUGUUUUAUUGCUGACCAUAAUGGACAUCUAUUCUUAAACAAAAAAGUCUAUCAAAAGGAACUAAGAGAAAAACUAAGAAGUUUAAAUGGAGAUUUAAAAAAUGAAGUAAGUAAAUUAGAAACUUACUAUGAGUCAUUAACGACCGGGGUUUCACAAACUGAAAAACUGGCUAAAAAAACCAGUGAUAGUAUUGAUCAACAGGUUAAAAAAAUAUGCCGCGAAGUUGAGAGACUGGGCGAGGCAAUGAAGACCAGGAUGUUGAAAGGUUUGGAUGAGGGUAAAACAAAAGUAGAUACACAAAAGAAGGACACUUCAGACUUUGUUGAACGUUUGAAAUUGAAUGUUAUCGAUAAUGAUAGGGUUUUACAGGAUAAAUAUGUUGGACCACUUUUAGUGCAAACCAACAAAUCUAGAACACAACAGAAAGAAAGUAGUUCUAGAAAGUUGGACGUUUUAUCUUUACCUGGAGUCCUGUUUGAGGCUGGAGAUAUAGAUAAAGUCCCAUUAUCUCAAGCAAUAGGUAGUUUAUAUAUUAUAAAUACUGUAACUGUAAGUGGUAGUUUUAAUGUAGAUCAGGUUGUAACAAAGGGGUGGUUUGGUAAUGUGUGGCGUGAGAGUCUCAAGCAGACUAAUAAUGAUUUAACAUCGUUUAUUAGAGUUUCUAGAGAUAGCUCAACGUUAUACGUUCAGUUGAUUAUACAUAACACAUUCAGACAUGAUAUUCGUCAAAUAAAAUUUAAAAUGAUUAAUCACAAAGACGAAAGUAAGCCUAAGAUAGAAAGGGGCCCACAUAUCGACGUAGACUGGAGCGAAUUGACAAACCCCGACAAUGGAUUCCUGGAUGAACAAAAUAACUUCAGUGUGCAGUAUGAAAUUAAACUGUAUACAGAAUAAACUUAUCUUACUCCAUAUCACGUGUAUUGUUGCGCAUGUUGUAUAUAGUCGUUCAUAUGUUUAUAGGCACCGUAUGUUAAAGGACAAUAUUGGUGUCAGUCAUUAUCACAUAUGUGAUAGAACUGGUUAAACACAUAUAAUUUUAACACGGAGAGCAUUGCUACGAUAGAAGCGUAACGAAGAUUUGAUAACACGGGAAUGACGCAAAAAUGGAAAACAAGAGAUAGAAAGGGCCCGUACAUUCCCCUGUUUUUAUUCAUGCUAUACUUAAUAAAAAUCAUAAUUUCGUUUUUUCUUAAUAAGUGACAGUCAAUUCCUGUUACGAAUUGUCAGAUAUCCUCUCACAGACCCAUAUGACAACUUUUGCUCUUUGAAGCAAUUCUUAGUGAGAAGAAAUUCGAUCGUAUAUCUGUUAUCACUCGUUACUUCAGUCAGUUAUAUAGAAGGAUAACACUUGUUUUCUAUUGUUUGUCACUUCCGUUUCUUCAAAUCUUCGUUAUGCACCAUCGUAACAGAUCUAUGUGUUAAAAUUAUAUUUGGAACGUGUUUAACGAGUUCUAUCACAUAUGUGAUAAUGGCCGACACUAGUAUUGUCCUUUAAGACUUGUUUAGAUAAUUUAGCAUUUUACAAGGAGUAACAUAAGUAACUAUUUUUCCGCAAACUUGAUGUAAAAAUUUACAAACGUGUGGGGAAGUUUAUCUUUAUAAGAAUUAAAUGUUAAGUUUAUCCAGGGACUCAUAUACAUGAAAUAUAAAUAAAAAACUCGUGGAAACAUAUUUGUCGGGGCUUAGAUGUUGUUGUCACAAACUAGCAUUGAAACAGGCAUGUGUCGGAAUCUUGACAGACACAAAGGACUAUGUUUAUAUUGUAGCAUUUUCUAUUAUAGUAUGUCCACUUUAUUCUAGACUUAGAGAUAUUAAACAGAAGCCCCAUGAUUAUAUUAAAGCAUAUAUGAGAUCUACUGCAUUAUACACAUUUCUUAUUUGUGUAGCGGUAUAGCAUAGUUUAUAUAUUUAUAAGAUUUACUAAUUAUUUUAAAUAUGUUACAGUCUAUAUUUAUAAGAUUUACUAAUUAUUUUGAAUAUGUUACAGUCUAUAUUUAUAAGAUUU